CGCUGUUGUCAAGUGUGAGCUGUCCUCGUCUCCCUUUUCGCGAGAGGGAAACGAAGAAGGGGGGAAAAAAACAUGGCGGCCCGCACAAGGCUGCCCUUUCGCCUUCCCCUAAACUUGGCGACAAAGCACAGGCUCGUCCACGGCGAGGCGACGGCGGUCAAGGAGGCCGUCUACCCGCCCGUUAAGCCCUCUCUCACGGCCAAAAGCAAAUCGGCCCGGGCGCGUCAGGUCGAGGAGCAAGUGGAGCGGAUAAAAGCCUCCCCGCCGCAGGAUAAACUGCGGCUCCUCACGCGCAUCGAGCGCAAAAAGUACGUCGUCUACCCGCAGACGUUCGCGCGCAACGCGGAUAAAUGGUACCAGCACUUCACCAAGACCGCGUACAUCGCCGGCUUGCCCGAACAACUCGGCGCUGAUCGGCGUCGUGCCGCCGGGGAGAAGGAGAAAGAUGUGGAGGAGAAGGAGAAGGCGGCGACCGAAAAGCUCGACAUUGGCGAGGAGGCGUUCGACGAAAUCCGCUCGGCGGUGACUCGCGUGAUCCUCCACGACCACUGGCACCUGAUGAGACGUCGGCCGUUCGUGUACCGACGACAAGAGCUCAUCGAGGGGCCCUUUCUGAGGAGCUUGGUCAAAGCCUUAACGUACGGCCUGGCCAAACACAACCCGCUGCUUCUCCACUCCAGCAUGGAUAUGAAUCCCCAGGUGGGCUUCUACUGGAGAAGAGGGGAGAGGAUCGUCCCGAGGGGCCACAGAAGGGGGAACCUGGAGCCCAUCAGGUUCCAGAUUGACGACCGCCCGCUCUGUCAGAUUCGAAUCACGCGGCAGCUGCCUCAGUUGGUCCCGAUCGAGGCUUCUUACGACGCCGACGUCCCCGAAGUUCCGUACGCUCCCGACCGGCUGCCGCUGUUCAGGAGGCAGUACGCCAACACCAUCUUCACAGGUUCCAAGGCGCCGGACCCGGCGUGCUACGGUCACACGCAGUUCCACCUGGUGCCCGAUCGCUACCACAGGGAUCGCCUGGCCCGUCGCCGGCAGUCGGACCAGGUGGAGGUGUUCCUCAGGGCCAACGCCAUCGCCAGCCUGUUUGCGUGGACCGCCGCGCAGGCCUCCUACCAAGGUUUCUGGAAUCACGAGGACGUGAGCAGAGCGUUCGUGUCACAAGCGGUGGUCAGCGACGGCCGCCACUUCUCCUUCUUCUGCUACCAGCUCAACACCCUGGCGUUGUCCGCGCGGACCGACGUCGGCAACGCCCGCAAGAACCUCCUGUGGGGCAGCGAGAGCGUGCCCCUCUACGACGGCGUGGAGGACGGCCGCGUGCUGGGCCUCAAUGACCGCGCGCUGCUGCUCCUGGUGCGUUUCCUGCUCCGUCGGCCCCAAGACGACGUCCCCGUCGGGACAUGAAGGAGCGGGAAGUUGGACCAAAAUAAAAGAAAUAAAAGGAAAAACUCACCACCUUCUUUGUAGA